UGCAAGUCUGCUCCUUUAACCAAACAAGGUGGAGUACUAUGUUGUAAAACCAUUCAUGAGAUUGCUGCUGUUAUUUGAAAUCUGUGAGUGUUCUUCCGCUGUACUUGUUUGUGAUACAGCAUCAAGAAUGGCUGUCAUGCUUGCUGGAUGCAACGGGAGUCUUGUCAAAACAGUGGGGAAAAUCUUGAAGCCUGACUUAACAGAUACACUGCCUGUGCCUCAUGUUUUGCUUGCUGCUUCAAGCCGCCGGCAUGUCUUGGUCUGUACCAGUGCUUCCAUUUUUACGAUUCUGGCCCCCGGCUUAACAGCAUUGCCUGUCCUAGCUGAAGAGAAGUUGGUUGGCCAAGAUGAGAAGGAUGAAGGAGUAAUAGGGGCUGUUAAGUCAUUGUUUGAUCCAAAUGAGAAAACAAAGUCCGGUAAAGUGUUGCCAAAAGCAUACUUGAAGUCAGCAAGAGAGGUGGUGAAGACACUUCGCGAUUCGUUGAAGGAAGACCCCAAGGAUAUCUUACAAUUUAGAAGAACUGCAGAUUCUGCAAAGGAGUCGAUUCGAGAGUAUUUAGGGAGCUGGAGAGGACAGGAAAAGGUUGUUCACGAGGAAUCAUAUGCCAUUCUGGAAAAAGCAAUCAGAUCUUUGGCAAGUUUCUACUCAAAGGCUGGUCCAUCUGCACCACUCUCAGAAGAGGUCAAAUCUGAAAUAUUGAAUGAUUUAAGUACAGCUGAAGAAUUUCUGUAACAAAAGUACCUUCCUCUAAGAUAUUCAAUGUCAACUUAAUUCUUUAAUAGAUAAGCCAGUAGAUUUCAGAAUGGCAAACCAAAGGUAUCUCUUUCCUGUAAAGUCCUUCUUCAUACAAGUGAAACUAAGCUACUUUGUUAUCAUGUGAUAAACUUUUGUACACGCGGACCUGAUAAUCCAAGUUUAGACCUAUAUCGGAUGUCCAAAGGAAAAGUUUGUAUAAUGUCCGUUCUCACUUAUAUAAAAAGUGAAACUAA